AUGGCUGACAGCUCUUCCUCCUCAACUCUCAUGACCCUUCCCUCUUCUUCUUCAAAUCCCACAACUCUUCCUUCAUCUUUUCCAACAAUACCGGUCAAGCUAAAUGGCAAGAUCUACCUCUAUUGGAAAGGAGUAAUGACUCCUCUGCUGACUACAUAUGGACUGCUUGACUAUGUUGAGGGAAAAAUCACAAUACCAAGCAAAACCACAACAGGAGCAGAUGGUACAGUCAUGCAAAAUUCGGAUUUCCUCAAUUGGCAGUCAAGAGACAAUUUUGCUCUUACCUGCAUAAUGCUGGCAAUCACCGAAGAAAUCGGUGUAACCAUCCUCUCUGCCAGAACAUCCUCUGAAGCCUGGACGUCACUUGCCACUGCCUUCCUCACUCUAACUGCUGCACAGGAAGACCUCCUUGAUCAACAAUGGCGUGACCUCAAAAAAGGAGACCAAUCAAUGGCAAAAUUCAUUAACUCAGUAAAAGAGCAUGCUCUGCGAUAUGCACAAAUUGGGAAACUAAAGACCCCUGCAGAAAUCAACAGGCGUAUUUACACGGGACUCGGUCCCGAUUGGGAACCGAUUGUCCUUGCCCAGUCGGAGAGAAUGCUCACCAUGACCACGGAGGAACUUCAAUCGCUUCUGGUUGGCCAUGAGGAGCGUCGUCUCUAUGCAGCAGCCCAAACCGUGACGUCUCCGGCCGCGCCAUCUCCUGCACCUCUCUCGGGUCUUCUGGGUCCAGUCCCGACUGAGGUUCACUACACUAAUAGCCGCAGUAAUCAAGGGAAUCGUGGCAAUUGGAAUGGGAAAGGAAAAGGAUGGAAAGGCAAAAGCAAAGGAGGCGGCUCGGGAAGGAUUUCGUCCGGAGAAGAGGCGAGCAGAGAAACAGGGGAAGCUAACCCUAAUCUGCUAUCGGGUGGAGGAGGAGAAGCUCUCGGGUCGGAUAGGCAUUUUAAUCCGAGUUUCAGACCGGGUAGAUACACGGGCCAAAUUCGAGACCAGCGUACUGGGCCGAUUGGGCCCCUUCAACACCGGCCCACCUCGUCCGGUUAUUCAACUCGCAGCCCAGCUCCAUUUAACAAUAAUUUCAUUGGGCCGGCUCAGUACAUUGGGCCCAGAUCCACAGUCGUCUGUCAGCUGUGUAAUCGUGCGGGCCACACCGCACCCUCCUGUCAAUUCAGUCCUAUCUCUGGGGCACAGGCUCAUUUGACCCACGGAUCCUCUCCAGGACUACAUGACCUUGACUGGUAUAUGGACUCAGGUGCUACACACCAUGUGACAUCACAAUUAUCUAAUCUUAAUCUUCGUGAUGAUGCUCCGAUUUCAGAUAAUGUCUUCGUAGGUGAUGGUAAAGCACUUCCAGUUCUAGCCUCUGGUUCCUCUACUAUUAAAAUUUCCCAACGCCCUUUACACUUAAAUCAUAUUCUAUAUGCCCCACACAUUUCCAAAAAUCUCAUCUCUAUAUCUAAAUUUGCCAAGGAUAAUAGAUGUUUCUUUGAGCUUCACCCAGACUGUUUUCUUGUGAAGGAUCUUCAUACUCGCCAGGAGCUUAUGCGUGGUCCAGUUAAGGACGGACUCUAUUGCUUUCACCAGAGAGACAGGCAUGCUAAUGGUCCACAAGCUCAUCUGUCCACAAGCUCAUGCGAUAGAGACUUGGCCUUGACUUAUAGGUUUGAUAGAUUGUGCAACCGAUACCCCUUAUACAUUACGAGGAUUUCUCUUUAG